AUGUGUCAUGGCCACCCUCGAUGGCAUCCUUGCUCACACACUUCAAUCAACUGGCACUAUUGUCCCUCGGCUCUAAUCGAUCUCGAAACUGGAGUCGAGACUCCAUGCACGCAUCUCAGCUACGCUAUAGGUCAGCCCAGCAAUGCUGACUGCCCCCUUCUCAACUGCCAGUUCAAGGCUUUGGGUGGGAUCUGGACAUGUUGCCAAUGUGGUCAGGGGCCCAACGAUCAGGGUUGGUGUACAAGGUUGUUGCCAGACCAGGACACUGACGGAAUGGCCACUGGUGCGACCGAAACAUGUGACCACGGCUGCUGCGCGGAGUGCGCCCGUUACUUUCCGACGCAAGAAACAAACCCGGAAAUGAAAUUCGGCGAACUUUGCAAGGGAACGGCUAGCCGCAAGUUUGGAUACAGCUCCGCGGCGCGCUCGCACCGCCGAGGCUCGGCUUUGUCCAAGAUCAACGGGUUUCUUCAUUCUGACGAGAAAGUUGAGACCACGGCACUUUCAAGAUCUGUGUCGCCCUCAAGGAGCAGUGUUUCUCACAAAACAUCUAUUUUGAGCAGCACGUCCUGUGGAUCACCAACAUCUACUAGUCGCGGGCCUACAUACAAAGCCGACUUGGAGCACAACAUGAAGAGACUUCGAACGCCCUCUGGAAAAACAAGCAAGAAGGGUCACAAGUCACUUAGAGUACGCUAA